GUUCCUGUCGCGCUUUCCAUAGUAACAAGAGAUGGGGUGAUUCUUACGACCCAACGAGAUUGGGCAUUCUAAUUUCACAAAGGGAAUGGGUAGUGACCUAAUUUGAAACAGUGGACUUUUUCACUGCAGACGAAUGAAGAUCACCGUGCAGUUGCAUUUGUUCUGCACAUAAGUCAGUGUCUCCAUCUUUUCCUAGGUUACAUGGAUUUUAAAUUCAGGAUAUUUUAAAGGAGACUUUAAUUGUAUCUUAGGCGCCACCACGAUUAAAAGAGUCAUCUGAGGAGAGACUGCACGUUUUAUCCAUAUGGUCAAAAUCUGUCUGGUUAUAAGCAUUCUUCCAAAUAUUUUUCUCGGUGUUCAUCAGAACAAAGAAUUUUAUACAGAUUUGGAACAACUCGAAGCACAAACGGUUUCUUGAUCUGACAGACUUGCAGCUAAUGGUUAAGCGAUUACUCUGAGAGAGAGAGAGAGACACUGAAACGCCCCCUUUGGACUAGCUACACUUGACACCACACAUAUGUGGUUACCGAGUUUUAUAACUCAGUCUGCCUUUCCAAAAUGGAUGGGAUAGCUAUUCCCCAAAAGAGAAGAAAUGGCUGGUACUUGUCACUUAUGGCACCGAACACAAAAGGACCAAAGUUUGCCUGGCUCGACCCAUCAAGACUCUACUGUAAUGCACAGGCACUGCCAGAUUGUGUGAAAGACCUUCUCAAACCAUUCAAGAAUGAGACGAUUGAUCUGGUGGCUGGAAUAGAUGCCAUGGGCUUCAUUCUGGGGUCAGCUGUGGCCACAACAUUAGGAAAGGGAUUUCUGGCCAUCCGAAAAGCAGGACACUUGUGUGUUCAAACUCGCACGCAAGAAUACACGGAUUACUCCAGAUGUGAGAAGGUCAUGGAAGUGCGUGUUGAUGUGUUAAAGCCAGGUCAUCGGGUUCUUAUAGUAGACCAGUGGAUUGAGACUGGAGGAACUAUGAAGGCAGCCAUCAAACUGGUGGAAAAUCAAGGAGCUACAGUUGUAGGCAUUGCCGCUGUGGCCAUUGAGAACAGUGAGGGGGGGAAGUGGCUAAAGGAAAACUAUAAGUACUCUCACUGCAUUCCAAAUGACCUUCAAGCUCAAAUAGACAAUCAACAGCUGGAUUUUUUUAAGAACUUCAACUGAACAUUUGGAAAU